CGUCACAGACGCGCCAAAAAAGAAUUUGGAAGCAGACGACCUCAGCUUGAGUAGCUAAACAUCUUCCCGCGAGCCUGCGAGGUGUCGGAGGAAACAGGUCCCCGACCUGUUCCAACAGAUGAGACUUGGCCCCGGCGCGAGGACGUCAGGAGGACUGCGACCGAAGGGACUUUGGCAGGAGUCACCUGAGGAGCUCGGACCUCAAUCUCUUCUUGGCCCCGCCGAUCUCCUUCCACCCCUCUCCGGGAAUAGGGGAGACCCGGGCGGGGCGCACCUGCUGCCAGCUGAGAACGGAGAUAGCUUUGGGACCUCUUUGCAAGUAAGAACAGCUUGAGGAGACCUAAGUGAAGCAGCGUAUUUAACGAAGCACAGCAGACCCCCGGGUGGCUCCUUAUACCCAGUUCUGCGGUCCUAUUUCUUGCGUUUGUGUUGGAAUUUUUACUAGUUAUUCUCACUAUGUUCUCUCAUUUGGGGAAGAUAUGGCAUGUAGCGUUCUCGAAGCAGCAAUUCAUCUUGGGAGUCUGAAGACGGACUCAGGACUGCCACCAAACAACUUGAAUCUUGAUGCAUUUCUCUGGGCUUCAGUUUCCUCACUUACGAUGUGGUCUAGACGGUUAUAAGUUUUAUCUUGUCCUAACACCGCGAACUUGUUUGGUCUUUGUCUUUUAGAAAAUAUGAAUGGAGAUUAUAGAGGCAGAGGAUUUGGACGAGGAAGAUUUCAAAGCUGGAAAAGAGGAAGAGGUGGUGGGAGCUUCACAGGAAAAUGGAGAGAGAGAGAACGCAGACCUGACCUGAAUAAAACAACGAGAAAACAUACUUCUGAACAAACCCCACAGUCUUUGCUACUACAAUCAACAUUGGAUCAGUUAAUACCAUAUAAAGGCUGGAAACUUUAUUUCUCUGAAGUUUACAGCAGUAGCUCUCCUUUCAUUCAGAAGAUUCAAGCAUUUGAAAAUUUUUUCACAAGGCGUAUUGAUUUGUAUGAUAAGGACGAAAUAGAAAGAAAGGGAAGUAUUGUGGUGGAUUUUAAAGAACUGACAGAAGAUGAUGAAAUGGCUGACUUGGUACCAAAUCUAGCAAAUGAGUUGAGGGAUACACCCGAGAAAACCUUGGCUUGCAUGGGUCUGGCAGUACAUCAGGUAUUAACUAGGGACCUUGAAAGGCAUGCAGCUGAAUUACAAGCCCAAGAAGGAUUGUCUAGGGAUGGGGAAACAAUGGUAAAUGUGCCACACAUUCAUGCAAGGGUCUAUAACUAUGAGCCGUUGACACAGCUCAAGAAUGUCCGGGCAAAUUACUAUGGAAAAUACAUCGCUCUGAGAGGGACGGUGGUUCGUGUCAGUAAUAUAAAGCCUCUUUGCACCAAGAUGGCUUUUCUUUGUGCUGCAUGUGGAGAAGUUCAAGGUUUUUCUCUUCCAGAUGGAAAAUAUAAUCUUCCCACAAAGUGUCCUGUGCCCACAUGUCGAGGGAGGUCAUUCACUGCUCUCCGUAGCUCUCCUCUCACGGUUACCAUGGACUGGCAGUCAAUCAAAAUCCAGGAGCUGAUGUCUGAUGAUCAGCGAGAAGCAGGUCGGAUUCCACGAACGAUAGAGUGUGAACUUGUUCACGAUCUUGUGGAUAGCUGUGUCCCAGGAGACACAGUGACUAUUACUGGAGUUGUCAAAGUCUCAAAUGCUGAAGAAGGUUCUCGAAAUAAGAACGACAAAUGCAUGUUCCUUUUGUACAUUGAAGCAAAUUCUGUUAGUAAUAGCAAAGGACAGAAAACAAAGACUUCGGAGGAUGGGUGUAAGCAUGGAGCAUUGAUGGAGUUCUCACUUAAAGACCUUUAUGCCAUCCAAGAGAUUCAAGCUGAAGAAAACCUGUUUAAACUCAUUGUCAACUCACUUUGUCCUGUCAUUUUUGGUCAUGAACUUGUUAAAGCAGGUUUGGCAUUAGCACUCUUUGGAGGAAGCCAAAAAUAUGCAGAUGACAAAAACAGAAUUCCGAUUCGAGGAGAUCCACAUGUCCUUGUUGUUGGAGAUCCAGGCCUGGGAAAGAGUCAGAUGCUACAGGCAGUAUGCAACGUUGCUCCGCGUGGUGUGUAUGUUUGUGGUAAUACCACAACCACUUCCGGUUUGACUGUAACUCUUUCAAAAGAUAGUUCCUCUGGAGAUUUUGCUUUGGAAGCUGGUGCUCUUGUACUUGGUGAUCAAGGUAUUUGUGGGAUAGAUGAAUUUGAUAAGAUGGGGAAUCAACAUCAAGCCUUGUUAGAAGCUAUGGAACAGCAAAGUAUUAGUCUUGCUAAGGCCGGCAUGGUUUGUAGCCUCCCUGCAAGAACAUCCAUUAUUGCUGCUGCAAAUCCAGUUGGAGGCCACUACAAUAAAGCCAAAACAGUUUCUGAGAAUUUAAAAAUGGGGAGCGCCCUGCUAUCCCGAUUUGAUUUGGUCUUUAUCCUGUUAGACACCCCAGAUGAGGAUCACGAUCACUUACUCUCUGAACAUGUGAUUGCAAUAAGAGCGGGAAAACAGAGAGCUGUCAGUAGUGCUACCAUAGCUCGCAUGAAUAGUCAGGAUUCAAAUACGUCCGUACUUGAAGUGGUGUCUGAUAAACCAUUAUCAGAAAGAUUAAAGGUAGUUCGUGGAGAAACAAUAGAUCUAAUUCCCCACCAGCUAUUGAGAAAGUACAUUGGUUACGCUCGGCAGUAUGUCUAUCCGAGGCUAUCCACAGAAGCUGCUCAGAUCCUUCAAGAUUUUUACCUUGAGCUUCGGAAACAGAGCCAGCGGUUAAAUAGCUCACCCAUCACCACUAGACAGCUGGAAUCUCUGAUUCGUCUAACAGAGGCCCGAGCAAGGUUGGAAUUAAGAGAGGAAGCGACCAAAGAGGAUGCUGAGGAUAUAGUUGAAGUUAUGAAAUACAGCAUGCUAGGAACUUAUUCUGAUGAAUUUGGGAACCUAGAUUUUGAGCGAUCCCAGCACGGUUCUGGAAUGAGCAACAGGUCAACAGCAAAAAGAUUUAUUUCUGCUCUCAACAACAUUGCUGAAAGAACUUACAAUAAUUUAUUUCAAUUUCAACAACUUCGGCAGAUUGCCAAAGAGCUAAACAUUCAGGUUGCUGAUUUUGAAAAUUUUAUUGGAUCACUAAAUGACCAAGGUUACCUCUUAAAAAAAGGCCCAAAGGUUUACCAGCUUCAAACUAUGUAAAAGGACUACCAAACCAGCACCUCCUGGGAUUAUUAGCAGUUUAAAACCAUCUCUGUAAUAAAGAAUACAUUAAAAAAAAAAAAAAAAACACGUUCUCUAGAAAAUGACAUCCUAAAGGUAAUGUAAUAGGAAAAGAGUGGUAAUUUAAGAAGUGAUGAAGUCAGGUGCUAAUUUUUUAUAGCUCUUCUGAAAGAUUAAAAAUAAAUUGUUUAUAUUUUUAAA